AUGCUAUCCACUGAACAAGGAUUUAUUCAUUGGAUAGUGUUAUCCAUUCUUGGAACAACUACUGGUGAUUUGAUUAUAGGUGCUUGUGAAGGGACCCUGUCAUGUUCUACUUGUCAUUUGAUCUUUGAACCUGAAGAAAUGAAAACAUUGAACUUGGAUGAACCAUCAGAUGAGGAACUUGACAUGCUGGACUUGGCAUAUGGACUGGAAGACACGUCUCGUCUUGGCUGCCAGAUCAUUGUAACCAAGAACUUUGAAGGAAUAACUUUGAGAGUGCCGAAAGCCCACAGAGAUGUCCGUGAUCUCUGACAGGGUCCAUCAAACUAAGAAAGAACUCUUCUGUGUUAUUGAAUAUUGUAAUUUACAAUUUACACCUGUUUUGUAUUGCACAAUUUGAAUCCAUAUUCACUCAGUAUCAUACAGAAAAGAAAAGCCUACAAGUACUUAGUAAACUGACAUCUACCUCCUUCAUAACUUUAACCAUUUUUUACUAUACAAUUUUAAUUAUGAAAUGUAUGUGAAGCAUUGGGAGUAUAUUGUCUACUGAGGCCUGAAUAAGUAACAGCUCAAAGCAUUGGGGUGACCUUGCAGUCACUGUGCUGGACUACAGAGGAAGAGGUCUGUUCUAGAAACCUAGCUGGGUCAUUGUUUUUGGGUAAAACACUUCACCGUCACAGUGCCUCUUUCCACUAGGAGCAUAAAGGGGUACUGGCCAAUCGUCAGUAGAACCAGAUGAAAAUACUGGAGAGGAACUUUGAUUGACUGGCAUCCCAUACCAGUGGCUUCAUGCCAUGGAAAUGAGGAUAAGAACCGGCUGGAUGGGUCACCAUGCGCAGGCGCAGACUGGGAAUAGAAAUUUAGGCAAGGGGAUUGUGCAUUGGAGCAGGAGAAUUCUCUAGUCUCCAUUGCAAAAUGAUCACCCUGUGAAUGUACAAUGCCAAAAAGGGAAGAAUGAGUAUCAGAGAGGUGCUUCCUUCCAUCCUUACGUAGCUGUGCUAAAAAUAAAGAAACCUUGAUGAAACUA